AUGCUGCAGCUCGAGAACUCGAAGGACAGUGUUUACCCGAAGCAGAAGCCGCCAGGUUUGUCCUCAUUGGACGAAGAAACGUUCAUGGCAUUGCUCGACAUUGGCAUCCGUAGCAGUAUCGUGUCUCGACCAACGAAAGUGGCUGCUGGGCUCAAGUGCCUCGAGGAGGCCAAUGUGACACGGUUGUCUGAUAUAAGCCCCUCAACCUUUACUUCGCGGUAUACCCAGAGAUUUCGUGAACAGUCAAGCCUUAUACCAAGUGUUUUCAAAUGGUUGGGAACCUUCUCGGCGCGGUCGCCCCCCACCGGUGACGAUAACACCGGCAAUGAUGUUUACAGGAGGACUUUAGACAUCCACAGAGGUCUGUUCACGACCGUCGCUAACGGUGUUCGGGAUCUGGAAGGAGCACGUAAGCUGCGCCCUCUGUGGUCGUCGAAGCAAUCAGGGAACCCUAGAAGGGUGCUCGAAACUGCUACCACUACGCUGCUCGAGGGUACGUCAGAGAGGGAAGACUUCUUCACUAACAAAGCCCCCAGCAAUGAUCUAUUUGAUCUCGCCUUGGACGUCAACACUCAGGCUAAUUACUGUGUGGGAUACAUGCCUAGUGUCACAUCACAGCGUAUCAAUGACUUUGGAAGUGCAACAGAACUGAGAGCCUCAGAAGUGUAUUACAAUGGGCAAGACCCGGUUGAUGUCACUGGUAUAUUUCACGAAACCGACAAAUUAGCCGAAUCACCUCCCCUACUGCCUAGCUAUGCAGGCAGUCCAUCGCAGAGGAGUGAUGUGUCAAUGAUUAUGGCCCUGGAUGAACCUAUGGAAGAAGGUUGCACAAUCGAGCGGGAGAAUAUCAUUGGUGGUCGAGCCUGGCUUACUCAGAAUGUCAUCCGCAUGCAUCCGCUGAGGCAGCAUGAGCAAGCCCCUGUGUUGGGUGACCAGGUUGACCAUUGCAGGAAAAGGCACGACUUCCUUUUGGACCUCGAAGCUGGUUGGUCAAGAGACGCAUUAAUUGGACUGCUACUUGAGGAGGAAUCCGACAGCGCAGGACUUGGUACAAAUGGCUCACCUGCCCGUAGCACCACCUCCCUCCUCGACCUCGGCCAGCCGAAUGUACUUCAGCCUUCUCAAAGCAUAUUUUGCAACUCAGACAGAGAAUAUUUCCCCGACGACUGGCCAGCAUUCAUGUCGAGCAAUCUUCAGGAAAGUCCAUCAAACACUUCCCUGGCCGACGUGCUAGGAACGGACCAUCUCUUGUGGCACAUGUGGAAGCGACGAGCUAGCGUUGUCCCACGUGGGGAAGAGGAUAUGCUUGAGAUGAAGAUCAUGUACGAAAGGGAUCCAGAUAUGAAGCUGUUUGGUGAUGGAUGGGAUCUCGACCCCAGUGAUAUCAGCUCGAGCAGCAACGAGGAUCCAAUAAUUCAGCAAACAGCCGGUAAUCAUUCACUUCCACGAGAAAGGCUUCCGACUCCCAUCUCACCAACUUCCGACAGACGGUCGUAUUGUCCUCCUACUCGCUCAUCUUCAUCUUCAUCACAUGUUGGUCGAUCUGAUGCCAGUCCCAAGCCGCAACGCAGGGGCAGCAUCAUGAAACGAUUCUCCUGGGGAGGUCGACAGCACUCUUCGGACACGGCGAAGCUUGAUAUGACGAGCCUCGGCGCACGAGCCAUGGAAGUGAAGAAGAGAAAGACACUGGACGACUACGAGAUGAUGGAUAGGGAAUCGUUGAAUGAUGACUCGAAUGACAUGCUUUUUUGA